UCUUAAUUCUUCAUCUUCUCCAUUUGCAAACCCUCUGGAUCAGAGUUCUAUUCUGGAUCUUCUUGAUUUCUUCAACUCCACUGAAAUUGAUCAGUGGAAAUCAACUCAUACUUGUUUCUGAUUAAUUCUCUGGAACAAUGAAGAAUAAUCAAAACACAGUAGUUUCUCCAUUGAAGCUCUUCCAUACUCCAUCAUUACAACCAUCAAAUCUCCUUUCUCUGAUCCUUUUCUUCGCCUUUGGUUUAUGUUUCGGAAUAUUGCUCACUUUCCAACUCAAUAACGUCUCCUUCAAUCUCCGAUUCAACCAAUUCUCUCUCUCCACCACCACCAUCACCACCGCCGCCGCCUCUACUUCCUUCCCACCGCCGUCAACACCUAAAAUAGGGCUGGAAAAUUUCAUACAUCCAUCGGAGAUCAUGCACCAGAUGACCGAUCGAGAGUUGAUUUGGCGAGCAUCAAUGGUUCCUAAAGUGCAAAAGUAUCCAUUCAAUCGAAUUCCGAAGGUGGCGUUCAUGUUUCUGACGAGAGGACCAGUGGUGCUGGCGCCGUUGUGGGAGAAAUUCUUCAAAGGGCAUGAUGGUCUUUUCAACAUCUACGUUCAUAGCUCCGACUCAUCUGCCAACUCGACGGAAUCCAAGCAGUCUGUUUUCUAUGGCCGGAGAAUCCCCAGUAAGCCUGUUCAAUGGGGAAAAGUCAAUAUGGUUGAAGCAGAACGACGAUUGCUAGCCAACGCUCUUCUUGAUUUCUCCAACCAACGAUUUGUUCUUCUUUCCGAGUCUUGCAUUCCCCUAUUCAACUUUUCCACGGUUUAUUCCUACCUAAUGAACUCCAACCAAAACUUUGUGGAGUCGUAUGACUUAAUGGGCCCUGUCGGCCGAGGACGCUACAACCGAAAAAUGAAUCCCACCAUUAAACUCCACGACUGGAGAAAAGGGUCGCAAUGGUUUGAAAUGGAACGGGACUUAGCCAUAGAGGUGAUCUCCGACAACACAUAUUUCCCAGUUUUCCAACACUACUGCAACGGCUCCUGUUAUGCAGACGAGCACUACUUGCCAACGUUCGUUACCAAGAAGUUCGGAGGAAAGAACUCAAAACGAACAUUGACUUUUGUUGACUGGUCAAAAGGCGGACCCCACCCGUCACGGUAUACAAGGAACGACAUAACGCAACAGUUUUUGGAGAAAUUAAGGAGUGGCCGCCAUUGUGAGUACAAUGGUAAAAAAGGCCACCCAUGCUACUUGUUUGCAAGAAAGUUCACCCUUCAUGCUUUGGACAGAUUGUUGAGACUUGCACCAAAGACUAUGCACUUCAAUCCAUAG